CCAAAAAUGCCAUUAUCGUCGCCAUAUUGUUUACAUUUUACAAUAAUUUCGAUUUACAGAUGUGAAGAUGUAAUUAUUUAAAUUAUAAUUAUUCUAAAAUGGAUACCACACAUUUAGAUAACGUAGAUGAUUUUAAAUUAGAUUUUGAGAUAGAGAAGCCGCUCUGCAGGUGUUGUCUGACGACAGAUAGAAAAAUGUUUAAUGCAGAAAUUUUCGAUGCAUAUUUUCAAGAUUUAGCCGGUAUAUGUGUCUCAAAUUCAGACGGUCUCCCGCUGUGGCUGUGUUUUGAGUGCUCGGCGCUGCUCAGGAAGGCCGUCAAGUUCAAGCACAAGGUGAUACGGGCGCAUACGUUACUGUAUGAAUAUGUCACAAGAUGUGCUCCAUUCCCGAUAGAUGCCCAAGAUCCGGAACUGACGAAGUACGCGAGUCCAUACUUGGUGAGCACGCCGACGAUGAUUCUAGAAACCAAUGGCAAAGGGAAGAUUGGAUAUCACAAUGUUUUGGAGCACGAAAAGCUAGUAAGCAAGACAGAGUUGGAGGGGGAGUUGCCGCCCCUGCGGCUGAACAGCACCGACUUGGACCAGGAGCCGGUGAAGCAGGAGACGGGCCUCUCCGACUACGAGGACAAUCUCACGCUCGAUGAGUUCAGAAUAAACAAGAUAACUGACGAGGACAUCAGCAACUUCCUGGACGGAGCCGAGCAGCGCCAGGAGCCACUCCUAGAAGAGAAGGAAGCCAAAAAGAAAACGAAAAAGAAGAAAAGAGAAGACAAAGCCAAAAAGAAAAAACAGGGUGACGCAACAAACACAGAGGUUAAGACUGAAAAAAAAACGACGAUACGAAAGGCAGUAGAGAUAGAUCCGAGUAAGAUAAGAAUAGUAGCGCUCAACCCCGAGGAGCAGAUCAAACAGAGAGAGGAAGAAAGCAAAACGAAUCUGAAGUUUCCAUUUCAGUGUAAUUUGUGCUUUAAAGGGUUCAACUUUGAAGCUAAAUUACAAAAUCACAUGCACAAACACAGUCCGUCCCGCGGCCCGUUCGAGUGCAAGCUGUGUCACAUGUUCCUGCCGACCUCGUACAGCUUCAGCGUGCACUCGCUCAUACACACGCGCCGGUACGAAUGCGUGAAGUGCGGCCGCAGGAUGACGGACCGCGCCUCCAUACUCGACCAUUACAGAUCUCAGCACGAGGGCAUCAUGACACUCUACACGUGUCAAUUUUGUGGGAAAGUUUUCAAAGUAAGUGAUAAAAAUAACAGCAAGACGCACCGCGGCCACGUGCGCAACCACCACUCCGGCGAGCGACCCAAGUGCGACCAGUGCGGGAAGACCUUCAUCAACGCCGACUCACUCGCCGAGCACCAGCAGAUCCACCAGGGCAUAAAGAACUACUCGUGCGGCGAGUGCGACAAGCAGUUCCGCACGCGCACGCAGAUGAAGCACCACCAGCUCAAACACUCCACCAGCAAGGACUACUACUGCGUCGAGUGUGAUACCAGGUUCAAAUCGUCGCACAGUUUGCGCCAACACUUGCAGAAGAGUUUGAAGCACAAAGACAUAGAGAGCCUCAAGUGGGGCUGCGCGCGCUGCCUGAAGCGCUUCGAGUCGGCGCGGCAGCUGGCGGCGCACACGCGCGUGCAGCACGAGGGCGUGCGCGCGCACCCGUGCGGCCUGUGCGGCGCCGCGCUCGCCUCGCGCGCCUCGCUGCACAAGCACCUCGCCGCCGUGCACGCCGGCCGCCGCCCGCCGCCGCGCCACGUGUGCGACGCGUGCGGCAAGGCCUUCCGCGGCCGCAGCGUGCUCGCCAACCACGUGCGCACGCACACCGGCGAGAAGCCCUUCCAGUGCGAGCUGUGCGCGCGCAAGUUCACGCAGCGCACCGCCAUGCGCACGCACGUCAAGCUCGUGCACCUCAAGCAGCGCCGCGCGGCCGCGCCCCCGCCCCCGCCGCCGCCGCCGCCGCCGCCCGAACAGUGGGCCCUCUACCAGCCGCCGCUCGACUGACGCGCUUACUCAAUAAAGCGUUC